AUGCCUGGGAGUGUUGGUCCUGAAGACGAGCCCGGUUUGAGUUGGAGGACAGGUGGACGAAUCUCAAGCUAUGGGGGAACGUUGCUCAUCGCGAUUGCACAGGAUGGGAACUCCAACAUUCUACCUGUGGCAUUCGCACUAGUAGAGGGUGAGAAUGCGGAAUCCUGGACAUUCUUUCUCUCGCACCUUCCACAGCACGUGAUCCCGAAGCCCGGUGUGCUGGUUAUAUCGGACAGGCACAACGGCAUCAAGGCUGCGCUCGAGGCUCCUGACGGCGGUUGGCUACCGCCAUCUGCGUACCGUGCAUUCUGCAUACGACACGUAGCGGCUAAUUUUGCCCUAACCUUCAAGGGCAAAGACGCUAGGAGGCUACUAGUGAACGCGGCGUAUGCGAAGACCGAGGUUGAAUUUGAUUACUGGUUUGAUAUCCUGCGAUCUGAAGAUCCGGCGAUGUGUGACUGGGCGAACCGGAUUGAUUACUCGUUGUGGACUCAGCAUCGUGAUGAGGGGCGGAGAUUCGGUCACAUGACGACGAACAUCUCCGAGUGUGUGAACUCCAUCCUGAAGGGGGUCAGAAAUCUCCCUGUAGCAUCCCUGGUGAAGGCAACAUAUUGUAGGCUUGCGGAACUAUUUGUUCGCAAGGGGAGAGAGGCUGAGGCCCAGAUGGGAACAGGACAACAAUUCAGUCAGCAUUUGGUGAAGUGUAUUGAGGCCAACAUGAAGACGGCCAGGUGCUUCACGGUGACGCUGUAUGACCGGGAUAACUCCGAGUUCACUGUAGCAGAGACUACUCCGACUGGUUCUUUCCCUUGGGUACUUACAGAGUAUCACUUGCCUCUCGGACAUGUGACUGGGUACUUCCAGGCUCUUCAUUUCCCGUGUCAGCACGCACUUGCGUGCUGUGCAUACUCACGGGUCACCUGGACCUCUUAG